UUCAUUAUCCAGCAUCUCCUCGAAACACUGGGGAUGCCAGAGUGGGAUAGCUCCCGCCUUCUGAAUGCUGCCAUCGAUGCGUUCGAUGACUUUCCGCCAUCGUUCUGGAGAGGUCCACAGCCAGAGCUGCCCGCCGAAGGCUUCGAUGUGGAUCAUUUACUCCACUUGAUCCACCGAUGGAUCCGGCGAUUCCCAAAAUCAGAGGUGACCAACACAGCAAGCUACAGUAAACGAUCAAGGACUACUUAUUCUGCUUUAUCCCUAAUAAUCGACAAGACUGGGGAUUGGCUCUCCAAGGUGUUGCCGCGCCGUACCAAUUCUUCGAGUUCAGAGGAGACACGAGAUGGAUGUCACUGAAUAUACCAAGUUUCUGGAUGCCAUCAUCAACACCUCAAGAGAUGUGGAGUUGCUUCACCGAGAAGGGAUCAUUCAACCGCAUAUUGGAGAUGACCAGGACAUUGCAUAGUGGAAGUACAUUGCAAAUGUAAAUUGACAGUAUGAAUGUAAUUUGACAAUAUGAAUGUAAUUUGACAAUAUGAAUGUUUUGAUAAAUAUGUUUGAUUGUGCUAUGAGUAUAAUCUCGUUUA